AUGUCAGGGCACCAUCAUCAUCACGGUGACGGCGGCCACUGCCACGCCGAACACGACCACUCAAACGAUGUGACCCCCGCCAUCCAGUCCCUGCUUUACACCCAGAUCGACUUUGAUAAGAUCAACACCCUCAACGAAUCCGCUUCGAAGGGCGGGGCUGCGAUUGUCAAGAAAACCUGGGCGGAGCGACUGAAUGAUAAUCCCGAGCUUGAGAGCGAUGCCGACGAACAGCUACUCAUGUACAUCCCAUUCACCGGCCAAGUCAAAGUCUACUCUCUCCUCAUUUGGACAGCACCUACUUCCUGUGCUCCAAAGACCCUGAAGCUUUUCAAGAACCGCGAUGAUAUCGAUUUUUCCACUGCCUCGGAGCUUUCCCCGACUCAGACAAUUGAAGUCCCGCAGCCCGUUCCCGGCGAAGAUGUCUUCGAACUGCCCUUGAAUCGCGCUCACUGGAAUACCACUACGUCUAUCACUAUCUUUAUCGAGGAUAACUGGAGUGAUGGCGAAGAAGAUGUGACUAAGGUCGGAUACAUUGGUUUCAAGGGCCAGUUUAUGGCUUUAAGUCGUGAGCCUGUCAAUUUCUUGUACGAGGCUGCUGCCAACCCCAAUGACCAUGUCGCGAUCCCGGGCGUUAACAGUGUUGGCGGUCGGAUCAUGCCUGGUCAAUAG